AUGGACCCUCCCGCCAACGACGGGCCCGACGGCUCCUCCAUUAGACCCGUCUUGUCGUUGCUGGCCAAGUUUGAGAACCUAAACAAGGCUGGCGAUGCCUCAACUAGUCACCCACCUCCCCGGGCCGUCUCCCCCGCGCCCAAGCCUGAAUGGUUGCGAGACGCGAACGCGAACCCUCCAGCACCAUCAGCAACAGCGCAAGCACGUGAGCCGCCCACCAUCCCCAAGACGAAGUCCAGGGACAAGCCCAAUCUUGCGAGCCUUUACCCUCGAAGCACAAACAACAGCGGUGCCAACUCCCCAACCCGCCUCGGCCCUCCACCCAUCAGCCCGCGCCCUGUACAUCCUCCGUCCCUCCUUGUCGAGCCGCCACAGUCACCACCCAAGGGAGCCCUGGAUUUCGUGGUUGGCGACCGCCCUGGCUUCCUGAACACCGACUCACUGAUAAAGUCGAUGUCGUCGCCUGCCGCCUCGCCGAGACAGUUCAAGAUCCCUAGCCGUCCUCACACGCCCGUCUUCGAGCCUCGAAGAUCCCCCAGACUGGCCGCUUCCCAGCCCCCGUCCCCUCCCCCUCCGCGACGCUCGGGAGAACUAAGACGGGACCGAGAGGUCAGAGAUCUCAUUAGGCCGCUUCCACCUCCCGUUAACCGGACAGAGAAGCCCCUGAUACCAUCCCGUCGCUCCUCGUAUAUUGCCGAUAUGAGUCAAGCUUUUGACUUUCGCUCCCAGAGCGGUGAUAAGGUCUCCCCCUUUCACAGCCCACCCAGCAGUAAUGGUACCCCCGAGGAAGAAGAGGCUCCCCCCAUGUUGCCCACGAGGCCAAAACUCCAACCGCAACCUCUGCAGAGAGCAAAGACGAUGCAAUUGGGCCCAAUAGGAGCGGGUCCAAUAGGAUUUGAACCGCCACCUGUCCACCAUUCGCUGGUUAACAAGAGGAGAGAGAGAGACGAGAUGAACGGGACCACACGCUCUCCCAUCACGCCGCAGCUGACCGGCGAGCAACGGCCAGCACUUCCCGCCCGGCCACAGACCACUAUCGAAUCGCCCCGGUCACUGGAGAUAUCGAUUUUAUCACCACCUCCACGACCUCCAAGGCCGGGAGCAAAUGCAAAUAUUAACGAGACCAAUUCAGUGGCCGCGGCUUCGCAGAAACGGGUUGUCUCAACGCCGACAGCGGCCCAAGUGUACCAAGUGCCCCCGCCUCACAUAAAGACCCACGGCAGGUCUAUGACGGUAGACCGCUACCCGAACAAGGCCCCAGGUGAAUUCCGUUCCACAGCAGCCCCAGUCAUGGCGGCAGCCGAGAAGCGAUUGACCGAGGCCCCGACAGAGGACCAGGCCAAGGCGGAUGGCUCGCCACCCCUCUCGACAACGGCAUAUCCGGAUGCUUCGAGCACAAACCGUAGCAAGCCUUACAUCGGCAAAGGCGUGCAUGAAAUCCAGACAAAAUACGAUAGCCGGGUAUUCGAUGUGUGUGGAGAGCUAGUUUGCACAACUGGGCUCUACACGCGAGUAUGGAGCUUUCUAGACGGCGAACUCCUCAUGAGCUUGGCCAUGGGCGAGGGCCAGAGAGGGACGUCUGUAGCCUUCAAGCCAGGGCCAAACGUCAACGAAGAGGGCAGAAGGGUAUGGGUCGGGAAUAACUAUGGCGAGCUCCUGGAGGCCGAUGUAAUCAGGCAAAAUAUCUCCUGCACCAGGCCAAACGCGCAUGGCCGGUAUGAGAUCAUCAGGAUUUACAGGCAUUUCAAUGAACUCUGGUCGCUAGACGAAUCCGGGACACUUCACGUCUGGGGUCCUGACGAGAGCGGAGUCCCCACACUCGUCAACGGACCGACCCAGUCGUACCGCGUUCCAAAGGGGCAUAUGUUCUCGAUAGUUGUGGGCGACGAGCUGUGGCACGCUACAGGCAAGGAGAUACGGGUAUUUUUGCCGACCCUGGAUGGCCGGACACAGUUCCAGGUACUUAUCCGGCCGCUCUGCCAGGACGGGGCCGGAGAAGUAACCUCGGGCACUACUAUCACGUCUGAGCCAGACAAGGUCUUCUUUGGUCAUAACGAUGGGAAAGUGAGCAUCUACUCUAGAUCGGACUACUCUUGCCUGGGCGUGAUGAAUAUCAGCCAGUACAAAAUCAACUCUCUUAUUGGAGUUGGCCAGUACAUGUGGGCAGGAUACAACACUGGCAAGAUUGCCGUCUACGACAUGGGCCAGACACCAUGGGCUGUUAAGAAGGACUGGCAGGCUCAUGACAACCCCGUCGUAAGGCUGAUUGCCGACCGGGCUAGCCUCUACAAGCUUAACCGAUUCCAGGUCGUCUCCCUAGGCGCAGAUAACAUGCUGCGCAACUGGGAUGGGCAGCUGCAGGACGACUGGCUGGAGGGUGAGAUGAAGCGCAAGGAUGCGGAAUACUGCGACUUCCAGAAGCUCAACGUCCUUGUCUUGACCUGGAAUGCGGGAGCUUCCACGCCCAACAGCCUGCGCUACUCGGAUUCGGACGCGGCCUUUUUCCAGAAUCUUCUCCAGAGCAGCGACUCGCCGGAUAUUAUUAUUUUUGGUUUCCAGGAGCUUGUGGAUCUAGAGGACAAGACGGCCACAGCAAAACGCUUCCUGAAGCCCAAGAAGAAGGAAGGCUCUGACCAGGAGCGUAUGAGCCACCAGUACCGCGACUGGCGCGACUUCCUCGUCCGCUGUUUGGACGACUACAUGUCGGGCGAUCUAUACCAUCUCCUCCACACCGCGCCCCUCGUCGGAUUGUUCACUUGCAUCUUUGUCAAAGCGGAUCUUCGAGACCGCGUAAGCAAUCUCAGCAGUGCCGAAGUCAAGCGCGGUAUGGGCGGGCUACAUGGCAACAAAGGGGCCAUCAUUGUGCGCUUCAUGUUGGACGACACAUCGCUCUGCUUCGUCAACUGCCACUUGGCGGCAGGCCAGUCUGGCGCAAACCAACGGCAUAACGACAUUGCCGCCAUUCUUGAGUCGUCGGCUUUCCCAGCUGAGCGCGACCUGACAGUGCGCAUGGACAGUUACGCCGGCGGGGGCGAUGGCACACUGAUCCUCGACCACGAGCUGUGUUUAGUAAACGGUGACCUCAACUACCGCAUCGACACAAUGAGCCGCGACACUGUUGUGUCAGCGGUAAAAGCGGGCAACCUUAGCAAGCUACUAGAUCGCGACCAGCUACUUGUUGCACGACGGCGGAAUCCAGGGUUCCGGCUCCGAGCAUUCGAGGAGUUCCCAAUCACGUUUGCUCCAACGUACAAAUACGACGUGGGAACAGACAACUACGACUCUAGUGAGAAGAAGCGUAGCCCGGCGUGGUGCGACCGCAUUCUAUACAGGGCGCGCGCUGGCAGGAUUGAGCAGCUCAACUACCGCCGGCACGAGGUGCGCGUCUCGGACCACAGGCCCGUCAGUGGCCGUUUCUGGUUCACAGUCAAGCGCAUCAACCCUAAGAGGAGGGCGGUUGCGUGGAUGGAGUGUCAACAGCGCUGGGAAGACCUGCGGUCCCAGGAAGCUGUUGGCGAGAAAAUCUUUUACUUGACCCAAACUAUCGGGUACGACGCACCAACGGCCACCAAACUAAUCAACGAGCGGUCAUCCAGGAGAGAUCAUCGGAGCCCGAGCCGGAACAAGGACUAA